UCCGUUUUUCAAACGACACCUGAAGGCUCUCCGACCUGGAUUCGGAAAGUUCACUUCCUAACAGAUUCACGCUCCGAGUCUGGGUGAAAAGCGACCGAUUUAAAACAGCGGUAUAUUUCCCAGAAUUCUCCCUGAGCUCCGUUGAACAUCCAUCAUGACGUCCACAUCUGUCACCACUGUGGGUGGAGUCGUGAUCGUAACACAGGUCAUCCCCAAAGAUGACCUCUCCAUUCCUCUCGAGUCUCCUGCCAACCCAGCGGUCCAGGCUGUGCAGCCCGUCGUAAAGCCCCCGCCGGCCCCCUCCAAGGAAGACACGAAGGAGAGCAUCUUCCUGCGGGGCGAGCCGCUGGGCCUCGGGGUGGUUCAGAUCUUCAUUGGCACGCUGUGUCUUCUCGUCAGUCUGUUGGUUUUGUUCUCCAGGGCUCUGAUGAUCUACGCUCCGUUUGCCCUCUGCGUUUUGUUCGUGCUGUCCGGCUCUCUGGCUCUGGCGGCAGGAAGACGCACCUCAGUCAGACUGGUCUGGGUGUCUCUGGUGUCCAACGGGUUCAGCGUCCUGCUCAGCCUGGCGGCAGGAAGCUACACCUGCUUCCUGCUGGCUGCCGGACCCCCCACACGGCUCAUCUGCAACUACCAGACCUCCAGCGUCGACUUUCAAACCUGGAACAUCACCAGCAGAACGGUGGACAACUGGGAGCGGAAAUGCCCCAGUCAACUGUGGAGAGUGGACACGCUUCUUUACGGACUCCAGGGCGUCAUCCUGGUCCUGCUCGUCCUGCAGAUUUGCGUCUCCGUCACAGUGUGUGUUCUCUCUGGAAAAGUCAUCAGAAGCACCAAACAUUACUCCCUUAUGGUGCAGGGGGAGAGCGAUAGCUGCAGCGAGAAGAACCUCCGAACAUAAACCGCCGGAGGAGAAAACUGUCUCCGUCAUUUCAGAUAAUGGCGUCAGACUGAAGCGGAACCACUGCUCUAACAUUUCCUGCUUUCAUCUUUUGUAAUUUCUUUUCUUUUUUUUUUUUUGUACGUUCACUAUUUUGCUAGCUCGGUUUUACACCAGAAACAUGAUCGACUUUUCUCUUUGAGUGGGGAAGUAACGCCACUGUGGCUCUGAUUUAAGGAUUUGUUCUAAUGAAAGAUUCAGGUAAGUUGGUUUUAACACGGCUCGAUCAUGUCCUGCUAUAAAAUAAAAUAAACGAAUGGUUUAUUUUAUUCAGGAAUUGUCCCACAUAUUCUGUUGAGUCAAGGAAAAUAAGUGAAUGCUAUAAAAUCACAUCUUCGAUUCUCUCCACUUCUAUAUUUCUAGUGGUCAUGUGAUUUUAAAUUAGAUUAGAUUGUAUGUUAGAUAUGGAACACCCUUUUCAACAGUUACGUUUUCUUGGGGCUUAUCUGUAUUUCAUGACAUGUACAUGCAAGAUCAUUUUUUUUCCAAUGUCAUUUCUGAAUAGAAGUGUUGAAGCAAA